AUGGAUACGAAGGAGGGAUGGACCCGGAUAAACAAGGACGUUUAUUUGGGAGAAACUUGGAUCAGCCAGGGCUUCAUCCACAUCAAGCGUAAGAAGGAGGAGGAGCUCGACAAAGCUGCAGGGGAAAAACUGGUUGUCGAUAUCAGGGUUGGAAGAUUGGAACCCCCUGCGGAAGAUGGAAUUAAAUGGGAAUCAAGGCCUGGAGGCAUUUGGAUUAGACGCCAGACGAAAAUUGUUGACGAUGCAGUCACGGCGGUGGAUGUGCUGUUUGGAGCCGAUGCGGUGGAAGUUAGACCUGGGUGGGUGAUGCGGGAAGGGAGCUUAACUUCAGGUGAAAACGCUAGAAUCACAAUAAGGAAAGGACCACCUCUAGAGUUUAAGAAACCGGUUUUAAGGCUGAAGGACCAUAAAUUCAAGAUCAUUCAGAUUUCAGAUCUCCAUCUUUCUACUGGUGUCGGUGCAUGUCGUGACGCAGAGCCUCCUUCAACUGCAGCAGGCUGCGAAGCUGACCCCCGAACUCUUGACUUUAUUACUAGAAUCUUGGAUGAAGAGAAGCCAGACUUUGCCGUAUUGUCAGGUGAUCAGGUCAAUGGCGAUACAGCUCCCGAUGCUCAAUCCGCAAUUUUCAAGUUUGCUGAGCCAUUCGUGAAACGGAAAAUACCCUAUGCUACUAUCUUGGGGAAUCAUGACGACGAGGGCAAUCUCAAUAGGGAACAGAUUAUGAAACUUACCUCAACACUACCAUACUCACUUAGUGAGGUGGGCCCGGAAUUGGGAGGGAUUGUGAAGGAUAGGCAAGGGCGUGAGGGUAGAGAAGGUGGAGUCGGUAACUACUACGUCGAGGUUAAAACGCAGAAGGGCGACCACUCUGCUCUCACCAUAUAUUUCCUCGAUACCCACUCCUACAGCCCCGACGAGAAGAACCAUAGGGGUUAUGACUGGGUCAAGGACACCCAAAUUGAGUGGUUCAAGAAGACACAUGCAUCUAUCAAGGAUCACUCUAACGGCUACUCUUUUGUACAUCUCGAUAUGGCUUUCAUCCACAUUCCACUGCCCGAAUACCGUACCGCUGGAGCGCCCUAUGUCGGUGAAUACCGCGAGCCUCCCACAGCUCCGGGAUUCAACAGCGGAUUUAAAGAUGUGCUCGUCAAUGCUGGUGUUAGCGUUGUUAGCGCUGGGCACGACCACGCAAACGAAUAUUGCAUGCUGGACAAGAAGGGCGAACAGCUCAACUUGUGGAUGUGUUAUGCGGGGGGUAGUGGCUUUGGAGGUUAUGGCGGAUGGGGUGGAUACCACCGCAGGGUUAGACUGUUUGAGAUUGAUUCACCAGCAGAUAGAAUCACGACAUGGAAGAGGGUUGAGUAUGGGGAUACGGAAAAGAGGAUUGAUGAGCAAAUCAUUGUGGAGGGGGGUAAAGUUGUCCACAACCCGUAA